AUGGACCUCAAAUCAAUUGUGUUGCCUCCUCCUCGACCAGGCUCGGCCACAGAGCUAUCUAACCCACACCUAUCACCUGGCCAUGGUCCCCUGAGACCCUACUCGGCCAACGCCCUUCCCAGUAUAACCACAGCCCCCGGUGGAUGGAAGACGUCGUUGCCUCCUAGUCCGGUACACAGUCCUAAUAAUGGACAACCGAAGGACAAGGAUGGCAAUCAGAUGACUGCUGCCCUCGUUGGUGAAAGCAAUGGUGUUGCGAGCGUGAACGGAAUGAAUGGAACUACUAACGGAGCCACCUCUUCUAACGGAACCAUGUCUAAUGGAACCUCGCCAGGUCAGAGUCCUGUCAACCAGACACUGAACACAGCCACUUCGCCGACGCAUUCGGUGCCACAACUGCCUCCGCCAACGGCAGAGACGUUUCCCACGCUCAACAGAAAGAGCAGCACAUCCAACUUCAAGAUCUCCAAGUCACCGCCCAAGUCGCUACGGAAGGCAAAGUCCAUGGCUGCCCUAGGCUCCUCGCUCUCAAACUACCCUCCACCUCCCAUGCCGGACUACGAGUACGACGAUGAACCUGCUUCUCCCACGGCCAUCAAGACGGAGCAGCUGGAACCUGCUACCCCCAGCAUCCCUAUCAUCAGCACCCUGCCCUCCUCCACGAGCGUCUCUUCCAGGCGACACGCACACAUUCUGUCGGAACAAAGACGGCGAGAAAACAUCAACGGAGGCUUUCAACAACUGCGCAACGCAGUCCCCUACUGCCGAGGAACCCAGCUGUCCAAGGCCGUCAUCCUCAAGAAGGCGGUCGAGUACAUUGCAGCUCUGGAGGAAGAGGUGUAUAACCUGCGGUACAGACCUGGUCCCCCCCAGGGCCAUGCACCUCCCCAGACCCACACCCACGGCCCUCCCCCUCAACACCAUCAUCAACAUCAGGCUCCCCCCAUGCACCACAUGCCCCACCAGCAACAUCCACAGCAUCAGCCUCAUGGGCCCCCUCCUAUGCAUAUGCCUCCCGGAGCUCCCGGGUCCGUCGCAGGUCCACCUCCCAUGCACAUGCCUGUCUACUCAUCUCCAUCGCCGUACUCGUACCGGUCGGGAUCCCACAGUGCCUCACAUCUGCCACAGCCUCCUCACCACGUUCCUGAACGUCCUGCAUCUGCCGAGGGCUCGCCAUAUGCGCGACGAUCGUCCCACCAGGAUCUACGAAGCUUGCGGUCUAGUAGCACCACGUCCCUGGUUGACGAUAAGCUGCCUCCCAUGAACAGUGAGAGGUAG